UUGACAGCUCAGCGAGCACAAUUAUAAAUUUCUUUGGCGGAAGGCCCCGUCCAUGGUUCGUAAUCCGAGGGUAGCGAAUCUGCAUUUCCUGCCUGAAGACGAAGGCAGGGGCGCAGCAGACCCCCCCUGGAAGGUAAGGACAGGACCAUCCUGGUGGUGGUGGGGAGGGUGGAGGUUGUUGUCGCGUUGGCAUCUGCGAACUCAAACAUGUGUAAGUACGAUCUUUUAUACAGGAGUAUAAAGACGUGAUUGGAUAAUGAUGAAGGUAAUUAGUGACGAAGUGAUUGAGUCUUCCUGGCAGAACUUAGGCUAAAGCUUCCAUUUCUUAAUAAGCGCACCACUGAAUCAACUAGUCAAGGUCUUUGCAUUUAUUUUACCAACAGUCAGGUGUGUUGAAACGAAACUCAGCAGCAAAGAGAAACCUGACUCACAGUCUCACAGACACGCCUAUUUUACUUGCGUCUCUUAAACCCAUGUAACUAGGAAACCGAAAUCAGUGCAGUUCAAGGAAAGAGAAACUGAAGUGUAAUUGAGCUGUUGUGAGUUUGUAUCUCUGUAUUAUUGGAGUAAAAUGGCAGAAGCCAAAGUUUCUCAGGAUGAGUUCAUGUGUUCAGUGUGUCUGGAUCUCCUGAAGGAUCCAGUGACCAUCCAGUGUGGACACAGUUACUGUAAGAGCUGUAUUACAGACUGCUGGGAUCAGGAGGAUCAGAAGAGAGUCUACAGCUGUCCUCAGUGCAGACAGACCUUCAGUCCAAGACCUGGUUUAUCUAGAAACACCAUGCUGGCUGAAGUGGUGGAGAAACUGAAGAAGACCAAACGUCCUGCUGACUGUGAUGCUGGAGCUGGAGAUGUGCAGUGUGACGUCUGUACUGGAAGAAAAUACAAAGCCAUCAAGUCCUGUCUGAUGUGUCUGAACUCUUACUGUCAGAAUCACCUCGAACAACACAAGAGUUGGUUUAAAGGAAAGAGACACAAAGUGAUUGAUGCCACUGGACGACUGCAGGAGAUGAUCUGCCAGAAACAUAAGAAGAUCCUUAAGGUUUUCUGUCGCACUGAUCAGAAAUGUAUAUGUAUGCUGUGUAUGAUAGAUGGACAUAAAAACCAUGAGACUGUAUCAGCUGCAGAACAGAGGACAGAGAAACAGAAGCAGCUGAUGAAGAUGAGGAGACAGUUCCAGCAUAGAAUCCACAAGAGAAAGAAAGGUCUUCAGCAGCUGAGAGAGACUCAUAAAUCUCAUAAGCGCUCUGCACAGAGAGCAAUGAAGGACAGUAAAAGGAUCCUUACUGAGCUCAUCCGCUCCAUUAAGAGAAGCCGCUGCGAGCUAAAACGGCUGAUCAGAGAUCAGGGAAAGACUGCAGUGAGUCGAGCUGAAGAACGACUGGAGCGACUGGAGCAGGAGAUCAAUGAUCUGAGGAGGAGAGACGCUGAGCUGAAGCAGCUUUCACACACACAGGAUCACAUCCAGUUCCUGCAGAGUUUCCAGUCUCUCUCAGCACCUCCCGAAUCUACAGAUGGAAACGAUGAUGCCUUAAUUUUUCUCUUAUCUUCUGAUGGUUUGAAAGAAUCUGUCCUUCAACUGAGAGACAAACUGGAGGAUUUCUGCAAAGAGAAAAUCAAGAAGAUCUCAGACAGAGUCACAUUCACCAACAUUGUUCUCUGGACCAGGAAGAACUUCCUACAAUAUUCCCAUCAGCUCACUCUGGAUCUGAACACGGCAUAUAAAAACCUCCGUCUGUCUGAGAACAACAGAGUGAUUACUAACACUGGCAUAGAUCAGUCAUAUCCUGAUCAUCCAGACAGAUUUGAUGUGUCUCAGGUGUUGUGUAGAGAGAGUGUGUGUGGACGCUGUUACUGGGAGAUUGAGUGGAGUGGGUCUCGUGUCUUCAUAUCAGUGUCAUAUCAGAGCAUCAUCAGGAAGGGUUUGGGUGAUGAGUGUUGGUUUGGAUUUAAUGAUCAGUCCUGGAGUCUGCGCUGCACUUCCUCAAGUUACUCAUUCAUACACAAUAACAUAAAGACUGCUCUCCCUAUAAAGCCCAUCAGCAAUAGAAUAGGAGUGUUAGUGGAUCACAGUGCAGGAACUCUGUCCUUCUACAGCGUCUCUGACAAAAUGAGCCUCAUCCACACAGUCCAGACCACAUUCACUCAGCCGCUCUAUCCUGGGUUUUGGUUUGGUUCUGGAUCAUCAGUGAAACUGUGUUGAUAAAUCAGAACCGAUUGACAAGAGAUUCUACCCAUAAUGCUUAGAGCUACAUGAUGAAUCAGUAACAAUGAGAUGUUAUAGAGUCUCUUCUUUUCUCUUCAUGACAUUAAUAUUGCUUCUGUCAGUGAAAUAAAAGGUCAGAAUAAAUGUGUUAAAAAUCCUCAUAUAGACAGUGUUUGAGUCCUGUUGAGUGACCAUGUGUUUCUGUACUUUUCUAAAACUCUAUAUAUGUUGACUAAAAUCAGUCAUUAGUUUUUAAUGUAGUUUCACAUCUGUGAGAUCAUAUGUACUUUAAAUAUUUUCAGUUUUUAAUCUUCUCAUACUGUGUAACAUAUAAUCAUAGUUUUGUAUGCAAGGCUGACCUACCUCCCAUGUUGCUGUUAAGAACUGAUAAACAAGUAUGGUGCAUACUUGUGCACAUCACUCUUACUUGCACACAUGGUACACCCAGGAACUGGGAUGUAUGCCAAUGCUUUGGAAGGCAAAGAGUUAUUAUUCCUGUGUUCUGAAGCACUUUGCUACUUCUCAACUGAUACUUGACUAGUAAGCACAUUAAUAAAAGACUUCAUCUCCACCCUGGACUCCCUGUCUCUUCAUUCCUGUUUCAACAUUCUUAGCGGUCAGCUCAUUCAUGAUCUAUCACACCAGUAAUUUUUAUUACUUUUAUGGGAUUUUAAAUUAAAAGCAUAUGGUCAAAUGGUUAUCUGUUCAUGUAAGUUCCUGUGAACCUUGAAAUAACAUUUACAUCAUACUGUCACAGUGUCUGGGACGUGUUCCCUGGGAGUCCACUAGGUGUCCUCCGUUCCCAAGGUGUCUGUCAUCUUAUCACUUCCUGUUCCCUUAUUUGGUCACCUUCCUCCUUGUUUUAGUUAAUUGAUUGUUCCCCCACCUGUCUCCUGUUUCCCCAUUAUCCUUCUGUGUAUAAAUACCCGGUCUGUCUGAGUCUUUGUCAUAGAGUCCUUAUCGUAUGUAUGAU